UCUCCAUUGUGUGUGAAUGAAUCAUUGACAUUAUUUUUACUUACUUUGGUCAUGCAAACUUCUUUCUACACCUUUUGCUUAAGCUAAGUUGAAUGAUUUUUGUUAAGAGUGUUGUUAUUUAGAGAAAAUUCUGUCCAUCCAUUAUCUUUUUGGGUUGAAAAAUAUCUUGAAUUUGAAGUAACGAUAAAAUUCGGAUGCCAGGGGUGGGUCCCAGUAACCUCGAACUUUGAGGAGACCAAACUGUUGAUUGCUUUAUUCCGUGGAAAUCCUCAACUCAAUCACAGCCGUUGGAUCAAAACCUCCUUCCCGGUUUGACUAAAAAAUCACCAAAAAUCUGACCCGGUCACCUCCUCUUUUCCCCAUAUAUCACGCAUCCUUCUUCUUCUCUCUUCUCCAUCACAACCAUUUCUCUCUCUCGUCUUCGUCUUCUUCUUCUUCAACGUUCCUCUCCAAAAUCCUCAGACCAAGAAAUCAUCAUGGCCGUCGAUCUAAUGCGUUUCCCUAAGAUAGAUGAUCAAACGGCUAUUCAGGAAGCUGCAUCGCAAGGUUUACAAAGUAUGGAACAUCUGAUCCGUGUCCUCUCUAACCGUCCCGAACAACAACACAACGUUGACUGCUCCGAGAUCACUGACUUCACCGUUUCUAAAUUCAAAACCGUCAUUUCUCUCCUUAACCGUACUGGUCACGCUCGGUUCAGACGCGGACCGGUUCACUCCACUUCCUCUGCCGCAUCUCAGAAACUACAGAGUCAGAUCGUUAAAAAUACUCAACCUGAGGCUCCGAUAGUGAGAACAACUACGAAUCACCCUCAAAUCGUUCCUCCACCGUCUAGUGUAACACUCGAUUUCUCUAAACCAAGCAUCUUCGGCACCAAAGCUAAGAGCGCCGAGCUGGAAUUCUCCAAAGAAAACUUCAGUGUUUCUUUAAACUCCUCAUUCAUGUCGUCGGCGAUAACCGGAGACGGCAGCGUCUCCAAUGGAAAAAUCUUCCUUGCUUCUGCUCCGUUGCAGCCUGUUAACUCUUCCGGAAAACCACCGUUGGCUGGUCAUCCUUACAGAAAGAGAUGUCUCGAGCAUGAGCACUCAGAGAGUUUCUCCGGAAAAGUCUCCGGCUCCGCCUACGGAAAGUGCCAUUGCAAGAAAAGGAAAAAUCGGAUGAAGAGAACCGUGAGAGUACCGGCGAUAAGUGCAAAGAUCGCCGAUAUUCCACCGGACGAAUAUUCGUGGAGGAAGUACGGACAAAAACCGAUCAAGGGCUCACCACACCCACGUGGUUACUACAAGUGCAGUACAUUCAGAGGAUGUCCAGCGAGGAAACACGUGGAACGAGCAUUAGAUGAUCCAGCGAUGCUUAUUGUGACAUACGAAGGAGAGCACCGUCAUAACCAAUCCGCGAUGCAGGAGAAUAUUUCUUCUUCAGGCAUUAAUGAUUUAGUGUUUGCCUCGGCUUGACUUUUUUUUGUACUAUUUGUUUUUUGAUUUUUUGAGUACUUUAGAUGGAUUGAAAUUUGUAAAUUUUUUUAUUAAGAAAUCAAUUUAAAUAGAGAAAAAUUAGUGGUGGUGCAAUGUUUUAUACUAUUGUUGUUGAUGAUUAGUAGAUAUGGGUAUUAGGUAGAACCGUAGAGGUUAUGAAAUUAAUUGCGCACCAAAUGAUAUAGACUUAUGUUCGUCAUUUACUUUUCAUUAUUCAUUGUUUUUUUCCUUAAUUAAUAUAAAUGACUUGGUGGCC